CUUGGCGUCAAGCAGCUGGACAGCCUCGAUGUACCUAUGCACACCCUUGAACUCAUCGCAGUCCGUAUGGGUAUCACCCUGGCGUGCUGUGUAUUAUAUAUGGUUGCAAUGAAGAUUCCAGAUCCUUUCCUUGGUCCCAAAGGCGUGAGGCUGUUGUUGGUGAACAGAGGCUUGUGCGGUUUCUUCGGCCUGUUCGGGAUGUACUAUUCCCUGCAGUACCUUUCAUUAGCAGAUGCGACUGUGUUGAGUUUUCUUGCGCCGCUCUCAGCAGCAAUAGGUGGAUACAUCGUCUUAAAGGAGCCUUAUUCGAAGCAUGAAGCAUUUGCAGGCAUCGUGAGCUUGCUUGGUGUCAUUUUAAUUGCUCGACCGCCUUUUUUGUUUGGUAAUACUUCAAGCGUAAACUCGGACAGCAGUGAUGCGGCUUCUAGAGCCACUGCGACAGACAGGAUACGAGCUGUCUGUGUUGCUGUUUUUGGAAUUGUCUUAGGGACUGGUGCCUUAUUAUCAAUGCGUGCGAUAGGCAAACGCGCUCAUCCGAUGCAUCUUAUGAUGUUUUUUUCUGCAUGGUGUACAAUUGUUGCCUCCUCUGCAAUGUACUUCAUGAUGAUUCCAAUUGUUUACCCUCACAACUGGAAAUGGGCUGCCAUGUUGAUUUUCAUCGGACUUUCGGGUUUUUUCGCGCAGACUUUGACUACGAUCGGCUAUCAACGCGAGACUGCAGCACGUGGUUCUAUGGGUCAAUAUGUACAGCUCUUAUUCGCUGGUGUCCUGGAAUACGUAUUCUUCGGCACAGUUCCUUCAACGCUAUCGCUCAUCGGAGCCGCUAUCAUCAUGACAUCGGCUAUAUACGUUAUUGUUUUAAAGAAGGGUUCACCGAAGACACCUGAGGUUAUUAGCCUCAGAGAGGUGGACUCCGACCUUGAGGAAGGCCUGUUGUAUGCUGAAUCGCUAAACACGACGAUUAAACUUUCCGAGACGAGCUCAAGCGGGAGGAUAGGGCAUGACGAAGAAUUAAAGGAAAAGCCACUAUGAUACUGCGUGAAGUUUAUGAUUUAACAACC